GUGUGAUGAAGAAUAAAAAAACUGAAGAUGUUAAGAUUGAGAGAAGGGGAGGAGUUGUGAAAAUGAAUGGAAUGAAAUAAAAUAAGGUGAAACGGUUACUGUGAGGACAGAUAGAAGACAAAAGUGCAAGAACUGCAAUGUGGAAAUCAGGAUCUAUAAGAUUUGUUCUGUUGAUGACUCUUCUCUUUGAGAGUGGCAGCUUCUUAACAAUGGAGAGAGGUUUUGAUGUUGACCAUACUAAUGUCACUUCGUGGUGCAGUAUGCCUAAAGCCUGUGAUGAGCAUGGCUUCACCGAUUGGUUCAAAGUGGGCAAAUACUGUGUCAAAUACUUCAACCAACGUGCUAACUUCACUGAAGCCGAGUUCAAGUGUAGGUCCAAAGCCCCUGGUGCACAUCUGGUGUCAGUGCAUAGAAAAAGGGAUAAUAAUGACUUGCUCUGCCUUGUGAAAAAAUUCAACCCAAGAAACCUGCGCUUCUGGCUCGGAGGCUUUGAAUUCUUCAAGUCUGGUAAAUUUUUUUGGCUUGAUGGUUCCUACUGGAAUUAUCAAAUUUGGACACGUGGUGAACCCAACCACAUGUACACCAGUACGGAGGAAUGCGUGGAGAUGAACUGGAAAGAGGUUGGCAGAUGGAACGACGACUCUUGUAGUGUCAAGAAAAACUACAUCUGCGCCUUCAAACGACAAGACAUGCUGAAAGUAGACCAGGAGUAGAUGGAGCAGUUUUAUCUGAGUAUCAUCCCAUAAAACGUUCUGAAUAAAAUGAUUUUCUCUGCAUCAACAAAAAAACUUAAAAUAAAAAUAAAAACAAUUCUUCCUUAAAAUGAUAAUAAAGAACUUUUGCAUUCAAAAUGA